GGGAGGGAGGAAGAGAGAGACUAGAGGAAAAGUAACAGCAUGAACUCUGAAAUCCUGUGGAUCCUUCUAUGCACCCUGUUGGGGAAGACCCUAGGUAAUCGAAUGCGAUGUUAUGACUGCGAUCCAGAUGGUCCUUGCUCUGAGAUUAUAAAAACAUGUGGGGAGGGUGAACGCUGUGGAUUCCUGGAGCAGAGACUCAACCAAGAGAAGGAGCAGGUCAAGUUUCCAGGGAACCCCACAGUCACCCUGAUCCAUCACCGCCCUACCUGUGUGGCUGCCCAUCACUGUGAACAGGAGAAAACAGAGUUGGUGGGGGGUGUGCCCUACACCACUCACAGUAGCUGUUGCCAUGGUGACCUCUGCAAUGGUGCUGCAGCUACUAUGGUUCCUAGUAUUGCCUCGGUCACUCUGGUGGCUACCACACUGGCUUGGAUCCUUCCAGGACUAUGGGGAGGGUAAUGGCAUUUCUGUAUGGGCAGAGGGAGGGAGUGGGGCUGGGAUCCCUUCCUCCAAUGUUAAUUAAA